AUGUCCUCCCCCAAAAUCCCCUCCGAACAAUGGGCUCAGGUCAUCGACAAGGUCGGUGGCCCUCUGCAAUACAAGAAGAUCCCGGUCGCAAAGCCGGGCCCUGAGGAAGUCCUCGUCAACGUCAAGUAUUCGGGUGUGUGCCAUACCGAUCUUCAUGCCCUCAAUGGCGACUGGCCCCUCGACGUCAAACUGCCUCUUAUCGGUGGCCAUGAGGGCGCAGGUAUCGUCGUGGCGCGUGGAGAGCUCGUGACCGACGACAUUUGCAAGAUCGGCGAAGCGGUCGGCAUCAAGUGGCUCAACGACUCCUGUUUGUCCUGCACAUUCUGCCAGCAAGCGGACGAGCCUCUCUGCCCGAAUGCCAAGUUGUCCGGCUACACGGUGGAUGGUACAUUCCAGCAAUACGCCAUUGCAUCAGCAAGACACGUUUCCCACAUCCCCGAGGGUGUUCCUCUCGACGAGAUCGCCCCAGUCCUCUGCGCCGGUAUCACGGUCUACAAGGGGUUGAAAGAGUCGGGCGCAAGGCCCGGCCAAACGGUUGGUAUUGUUGGAGCCGGUGGCGGGUUGGGCGCUCUUGCCCAACAAUAUGCGAAAGCGAUGGGUCUUCACACCAUUGCCAUUGACACGGGCGAUGACAAGAAGAAGCUUUGCGAGGAGAUGGGUUCCCAGGCGUUCAUCGACUUUGCCAAAUCCAGCGAUAUCACCAAGGAUGUGAAGGCUGCCACCAAGGAUGGCCUGGGCCCCCACGCUGUCCUCCUUGUCGCCGCCAGCGAAAAGCCUUUCCAGCAAGCCGCCGAAUAUGUCCGUCCCCGUGGUACGGUGGUUGUGAUCGGUCUCCCUGCCAAGGCGUUCAUCCGAGCACCAGUGUUUGAGUCGGUGGUGAAGAUGAUCAGAAUUCAGUGCUCUUACGUCGGUAACCGUCAAGACGGCGUGGAAGCCCUGGACUUCUUUGCUCGUGGAUUGAUCAAGGUUCCAUUCAAGACGGUGGAACUGAAGGAUCUCCCCAAGGUGUACGACUUGAUGCACCAAGGACAGAUCGCUGGCCGAUAUGUGCUGAAGAUUCCAGACCCUGAAUAG